AUAUUUAUCUUGUUAUUUUUUUCACUUAUAUAGUGCUUGUGUGGGUGUGUGUGAGAGAGAGAGCGUGAAAGAAUAUCUUUGAAAUUAAUUCGCGCAGGUCUCAAUGUGUCACAAUUAGCGUCUCAUGACGGACACACGAUCAUCUAGCAUCGCUGCUGGGAAUCUGCUCUGUCUCAAAGAACGCUUAGCAUCCCCUCAGCCGCCACUUCUGUGGAAACCAUAGAGAACAGGACCGUCGUUAGGGAACCCUUCAAGGCAAGGGACCAACGUCAAUCAGAUUCCAGCACUUCCGCGACUUCCUGUGGAGCACUAUGUGAGGGGCUUCGCCGUGCAAUUUUGACGGACACGCAUCAGCCAUCGUCUUUGUCAUCAAGGGCUUCCUUUCUUCCCGUCUUCAUGCCGGGUCUGGAUCUCAGUGGCUUUCCCGUUUUGCCUGAGUAGGGGUUCAGAGGAACGCUGGGAACAGAAUAAUAAAAUGAAGAACCACAGAACCUUCAUGGUGACUCACCUUCCCUUUCCAGCAAGAUCACACUUAUUAUAAAACCCUCUGUGUAUCCGGCCUGCACCGCCAAAGAUGGAUCCUCACAAUGCUGACCCACUUCACUAGUUUUGGGCUGCACCAGUCCCUCCAGGUUGCGAGCUGCAUCCACCCGGAGUGUACGCCUCACAACCUGUCUGCUUUCCCAUCCUCCCUGCACCCACACCGCUGCGCACUGCCAGCGGCCCCCGGCCACCGGGGCUUCUGGGGCAUGGAAAUCCUCACCAUUGGUGUUAUCAUUGUCUUGUUUGUGGUGGUGUUCAAACAACUGUGCAUCUUGGACCCUUUGCCUAUAGAAGAAGGCAGUGAGAUUGACCUUGAGCUGUCUGCUGCACGCUACCAGCCGCAGGGCCUGGACAAGCUGGCUGCCCAGACCAAGUUCACCAGGAAGGAGCUUCAGUCGCUCUACAGGGGCUUCAAGAAUGAAUGUCCCAGUGGGCUUGUGGAUGAAGAGACAUUCAAAACCAUCUAUUCUCACUUUUUUCCUCAAGGAGAUUCCUCCAAGUAUGCACACUUCCUGUUUAACGCCUUUGACUUAGACAGGAGCGGAUCUAUCCGAUUUGAGGAUUUCGUGCUCGGACUCUCCUUGCUGCUCAGGGGCUCUGUGACCGAGAAGCUGCACUGGGCUUUCAACCUCUAUGACAUCAAUAAGGAUGGAUAUAUUACCAAAGAGGAGAUGCUGGCCAUCAUGAAAUCCAUCUACGAUAUGAUGGGUCAGUACACUUCCCCGAGGCUGCGGGACGACGCCCCGGUGGAGCAUGUGGAGAAGUUCUUCCAGAAAAUGGACAGGAAUCGGGAUGGAGUAGUCACCAUCGAGGAGUUCAUGGAGACCUGCCGAAAGGUAUCGCCGGGACACAGAAAAAGCCAGCGGAUGAGAACAUCAUGAAUUCCAUGCAACUGUUUGAAAAUGUUAUCUAGGAAGAACCUGCCAUGCUACUUGGUCGUAAUCUGCCGCACCAUUCCUGCAUUCUCAACACCGACAGAACACCCCCCCCCUCCCCACCCCUGUGCUCUGUGGAGGCCGCAAUGUGAACCUGGCAAACACAGCAGAUAUGUUCUCUGCAUAACAAGAGGAGGACUACAUGUGUGUCAAAGAGCUAAGAUGCUACCUUAUGGGAGUUUCUGUCUUUAGGAAAAAAAAAGAUAAGGGUAGAUGAUUAGAAGAAAACUACUGAAGAAAAUGAUCAGUUUUUCUUUGCUACAGAUUUUGUUUUUGAAGAGAGGAAUAUGAGAGAAUAUGGCUCGCUGAUGCCCUGGGGCCUGUAACGUCUCUGCAUCCUCCCACUUUGCUGACCAUUCCAGCUCAGCAGGGGAUCAUCUGGACUGGGAUAAUGAUACUCACGGCUUUAGCCAGUUUGGGUCACAGGGCUACUAUAUAAGUCGGUGGGCCCUACAUCAGCAAGCAAGACUGAAGAUCACUAUACUGAAGGAGAAAAUGAGUAUGCUCAUCUAAAGUUUGCUAUUUAAGGUUUUGUUUUGAGAAAGGCAUAUUACAAACCUUGCAUUUGCUCUGAAUUAUACUGAAUACCUUAAAUAACAAUGUUGCAUUUACUCUACAGUUAUAGAGAUCAAUCACAUAUAAUUUUACAAUUGUAAAGGAACACAGGUGGACACCUGAGCCAGAAUAGAGUAGAAUAAUAAUCUCUGUUCUCUGUAGCUAACUUGAGACAUAUCUCAGUGGGGACAAUAUUGUUUUAUCCAAAAAAAAUCUGUAAUAAAUGACCUGUAACUGAAAUUUAUAAACAAUAUAAAGAUGUAAAACAGAAAACCUC